UCCUGAGGGUGGUAUGAAGACGUCGUACAAGUAGAAGCUUUAAACACUCAUGAAUAGCUGUGCCAUGAUCUCAGGAAAUAGACACCACAUCUCUCUACAUGUUUGACCUGACCUUUGAUGGACUUUACUUCUCCAUUCCUAUGACUACACCACGCCUGAAUCCUCCUAUCUUAUGGGUUUAUUCCUGCCAUUUCAAGCUAAAAUAACUGAUAACCGCACAGCAGAGAGCUGAACGUAACGGUGCACCGGGGGUAGGUCAUGGUUAAUGUCUUCUAAUGGAGUCCUCUGCUGGUGACAGUAUCUGUGAUGAUGGAGAUCCUGGGGGUUCUGAUGUCAGAAGGCUGGUGGAUGUUGACCACAAAGCCCAAAAAGGCUCACACUUUGACAACAUCAAUGUGAUUGGUCAAGGACUGAAACAUCUGUUCCAGCACCAGAGACGCCGCUCCUCCGUCUCCCCCCACGAUGUGCAGCAAGCCCAAGCAGAGCCGGAUCCAGACCCGGAGCAAACCCAGGCUCCAGAGUCAGACGGGACUGCUCAACCUACAGCUCUUAACCGUGUCCUGCAGCAGAUCCGCGCUCCACCCAAAGUGAAAAGAGGGAGCAGCUUACAGCAGAACCGCAAAGGCAAAACUGGAUCAAACACCCGGGGCAGCCCUCAGAUUGGCCGCCGCUCUGCCCAGGACAUUAUGGCCGUUCUAUCUCAGCCUGUGCGGCCACGCUCAUCCUCCACCACUGAUGCGCACCCUGCAGCUGCCGCCCUGGAAGUAUCCAGCUCGUCCUACCUGUCAGGGGAGGACUCGGUUGAGAAGAUCGAUCGGUUAGAAGGGGGAAACCUGUCGCAGGCGUCCAGCAUGGUGUCCUCGGGCGUGGAUGGCAUGCUGGGCGCGGACGCCAUGGACGGCACUCCCGACCCGCAGCGCACCAAGGCGGCCAUCCUGCAGCUGCAGCAGAAGAUCCUCAAGCUGACGGAGCAAAUCAAGAUCGAGCAAACGGCGCGAGACGACAACGUGGCCGAGUAUCUGAAGCUGGCGAACAACGCGGACCGGCAGCAGGGGGCGAGAAUCAAGCAGGUCUUUGAGAAGAAGAACCAGAAGUCUUCUCAGAACAUCCUGCAGCUCCAGAAAAAGCUUGAACACUAUCACCGAAAACUCCGGGAAGUGGAGCAGAACGGCAUCGCCCGGCAGCCCAAGGAUGUGUUCCGGGACAUGCAUCAGGGCCUGAAGGACGUCGGGGCGCGAGUGACGGGAUUCAGCGAAGGGGUGGUGGACAGCGUCAAGGGAGGACUCUCCAGCUUCUCUCAAGCCACCCACUCUGCCGCCGGCGUCGUCGUGUCCAAGCCUCGGGAGAUCGCAUCCUUAUUACGCAACCGCUUCGGCAGCAGCGACAACAUCUCGUCCCUCGAUGACUCUACGGGUUUGUCUUCCACUCAUGGAGAGGACAUGAUGAUCGGCAAGGGCAUGACCACCGCCAACAUGCUUCAGGCCAGCCCCAAGUACGGAAGCGAGGAGGACUGUUCCAGCGCAACAUCUGGGUCGCUGGGGGCCAACAGUACGAGCGGAGGUCCCGGCGGAGGCGGUGGAGGAGGGGGCAGCUCGCGGACAAACACUUUGGACCUCCAAGGGUUAACAGAAUUCCAAGUGGUGAUUCAGGAGAUUCAGGAAAUGCGGGAGACCCAAACGCGGCUGGAGGAUUCGUUGGACGGUCUGAGGAAUCAGUUCCAGGGCGAAUAUUCUUUCAUCCUGCAGUCCUUGCAAGAGGAGAGGUACAGAUGUGAAAGACUGGAAGAACAACUUAACGACUUAACAGAGCUUCACCAGAACGAAAUUCUGAACCUGAAGCAGGAGCUGGCGAGCAUGGAAGAGAAGAUAGCAUAUCAGUCGUACGAGCGAGCGCGGGAUAUCCAGGAAGCGCUGGAAGCCUGCCAGACGCGAAUAUCCAAGAUGGAGCUCCAGCAACAGCAGCAGCAAGUUGUCCAGCUGGAGGGUCUGGAAAAUGCAACGGCAAGAAACCUCCUGGGAAAACUCAUUAACAUCCUCCUGGCUGUCAUGGCUGUGGUUCUGGUCUUUGUAUCCACCGUGGCCAACUGCGUGGUCCCAUUACUCAAGACGCGAGGUCGGACUUUCGGUACGCUGAUCCUUGUCGUGUUGGCUGCUCUUCUCUGGAAGCACUGGGAUUCGUUCUCUGGAUACCUGGAGCGACUGCUAUCGCCUCCCAGAUAACCUCGCUCCCUUCGCGGACUAUCAGGACAGAGGUCCAACUCCAAUAUUUUGAUGGGACCUAACGGUCUCCACAAGAGGCCUCAGGGGAGUCCACGUCGGCUGUUUCAUAAUCAGAAAACUGUGUUUCUGUACGAGGCCAUUCAUGAGUUGGGUUACUGCCAAUUCGCACUUUUCCACCCUUCUCAUGCCUUAAAAUCUCAAGCAAGGAGGGAUGUGAUAGAGAACUUGUAACAAACAGCCCCCCAACCCUUGGCAUUUCUGUCUCAGUCAAGCCAGGAAUUUAUUGGGGUGCGUAGGGGGGCAUGUUAGAGUGCACUGUUUACAUUGUAUGGAAGGAUUUUGGAGACUUUCAUGUGUUUUUAUUGGGUUUCUCCCCCUGACUGAAGGAUGACUGCUGCAAUACGUUUGUUUAUUGCAAAUUUAUUUAGGAUUUAACCUGCUACACCCACUCCUCGCGUUCCUAAAAACCCCACGCCCCCCUGUCUCCAGUUCUGUGCCUUCAGGAUCUGUAUCCAGGAGCAUCCUCGACCGCAUCAAGGAACGCUAGUAGUUUCCUGGAGCACGGACCUUUUUUUGGCAAACGCUCUGUUGUGGCAAUAAGGCACCCCGAACUGCUCCUGCCAUUCUCCAGACAUAGAAAACAUCACUUUUCAAGUGCCUUAUUGCUUCAAUUCCUCUGGGAGUUUGGCCCCAGCACCUUGAACUGACCGUUCCUUUGACGUCAGCGCAUGGUGGAUGGUUUGAAGGCCACCAAAACAGCCACAUCCUUGUUGUAACCAUUUCUCCGCCGGUGGGAAGCUGUAAUGCGUUAUUUUGCUAUUUAACGCAUUGCAGAAGCUCUGGCUGCUCAAUUCUCCAAGCGAAUUCCUCUUCUACCAGAGAGGCUCGCGAAGAAUGUCCUUCAGGCCGUAUGAUAACAGGUGGUGAUGGCUGUCCCUUCCAGGAGACGUCGGGAAGCUACAUUAACUCACACCCCAGUGAUUCAUUUUAACCCCUUUGCCGACGAAGGUGCCAGACAUUAACAUCCGUUUAUUUCCAAGAAUUUGAUGUGAUCUUGUGUUUUCUUAUUUCUUUAAAGCUAGCAGUUUGCCUUCUGUUUGCCUGAGGGUUCCACGCCACCCCGCUUCCUCGGGCAGAGAAGAGGGUGAAUGGCUUGUCCGCACUUUGAAACAGAUCCUUGUGCUGCUACGAUCCAGGAUAGUGGGGGUCCCUGAGUGGGUAUAGGGGAGUGGGAGUCUAGGAAGCAGUACUGGUUUGGUACCGUGUCCUUUUGUUGUAAGUGUUCCCUCCUGUUCUUCUGCAUGGAGGUUUGUUUUACCUUGUUUAAUAUUUUAAUUAAUAUUAUUUGGAGUGUGAGGGGAGGACUCGCUGAAUAAAAGAGUAAUGUUUUUAAAACAAA